UGAUAAUUUUAUGGACAUAUAUAGCAAAACAACAAAAGAAUAAACGAAUUAUUCGAUAUCAUUUAAUUUAAAAUUGAAAAUUUAAAACUUAAACAAAGUUAAUAUAUGUAUUUCAAUACAUCCCGAUACAAUUCAAACUAAAGUAUUUAACCAAUGUAAAUGAUAAGGUUUGUUAACUCUACAUGAGCUUGGAUUUGCAAGAAAGUAACGAAACACAACAACUAAUGCAGAAUGACGCCGAGGAUGAAGAGCAGAAGGUGUCAUUAUCAGCAACAUCGCCUGUAACGAGUAAUAAAAUGUCUAGUGGAGCUGCAAGUUUAACAUCUAAAAAUGCUCAGGCAUUUACGAAUACAGCGAAUAGCUUGAACGAUUCUACUAAAAUGUCGUACGUCAAUGAGCGACGGCAACAUCGAGACUUCAUGCGUGCAUACAACAAUAGGCCUAAACAUAUUCCAAAAGAAACACCAGAUGUGAAGCAUAUGGAAAAAGCACUGUUGGAAUUACUAGAUGAUUUUCAUACUGGGAAGUUGAGUGCAUUUAGCACUGGAUGCAGUAUGGAGCAAAUGAUAAAUGUUAGGGACCAACAAGAACACUUAGCAAGAUUACACUUCAGAUUGUAUGGUGAUCCAGAAAAGCCUUCAGAGGAUACAUUUGAAAAUACUUCAUCCAAGGACAAAAUGAGCCAACUUGUGCAGAGUUUGGAACAGUUGUCCACUUCUAUUGAACAUUUGCAGUCUGAUGAAGUAGCAAGCACUAGUAGUGAUAGUAAGGAAUGAUCGUUAUAAGCCUAGUUCUAACCUUGCAAUGGUGUAUAUUUAUAUCUAGGUAAAAAUUGUGGCAGAUACUGGGGGACCUUUUAUUAAAUAUGUAUUUUAAUGUCAGUUGGUUUAUUAAUGGUUACUGUAAUAUAUAAAAGGGGUAAUUUUCACUGAAAUCUUGUUCAAAAAUAUAAUUC